CCACCCGCCGUUAAACCACAUCGAAGAAGACGAUCCCGUCAAACAGAUGUGUUUAUACCAUAUAGAAUAAUACAUUUGAACGAUUCUGAUUGCUCUCACAGGAUCUCAUAAUUUCCAUUUACAGCCAAACAAUUACAGAAAAGUAACUGUUCAGAUCCACCUCCAGCCCGACCAUGUCUGAGCCGGGUCCUGGCUGUGGUGAUCCGGCCCAGAGGAGCUCACAACAGGGUCCAGAGGUGGUGUCAGUGAAGCUGGAGGACUGCGGUCAAACACUGGAGCUCAAUGUGAUUGUGAAAGAGGAGGAGGAGAGAGAAAUCAAGGAGGAAGAAAACUGUGACUCGGGAAAGAGCUCCAACCCAGACUCAGACAGCAAGCCCAGUCCCACAGCAUCAGGAAAUCAUAAACAAUGCAGACAGAAGCCCCAACCCUGCUGUAGCGACAGUUUUAUUUGUCCAACUCACCUCAAAUCACUCAAACAGACUCCCAAAAUAAAGAAGACAUACCUCUGCUCCCAAUGUGGGAAGAGUUUCAGUCGGACAGGAGACCUAAAGAGUCACGAGAGAUCACACAGUAAAAAAAAGCCUUACCACUGCGCUCGAUGUGGGGAGGGAUUCACUCAGCUUGGAAGUCUAAAAAGUCACCAGAGAAUACAUACAGGGGAAAAGCCUUACCACUGCUCCCAGUGUGGGAAGAGCUUUAAUCGUUCAGGAAACCUUACAGAACAUCAAAGAAUACAUACAGGGGAGAAGCCUCACCACUGCACCCAAUGUGGGAAGAGUUUCAGUCGGGCAGGAAUUCUAAAGAAUCAUAAGAGAACUCACACAGGAGAGAAACCUUUCCACUGCUCUGCUUGUGGGAAGAGUUUUACAAGAGAAGUAAGCCUAAAGAAUCAUCAAAGAGUACACACUGGAGAGAAACCUUUCCACUGCGCCACAUGUGGGAGGGGUUUCAGUGAGAAAGUAAAUCUUAAUAGACACGAGCGAGUACAUACUGAAGAGAAGCCUUACCACUGCACCACAUGUGGGAAGAGCUUUAAUCACUCAGGAAGCCUUAAGGAACACCAGAGAAUACAUACAGGGGAGAAACCUUACCACUGCACUGAGUGUGGAAAGAAAUUCCGUUUUGCAGGAGAUCUAAAGAAUCACCAGAGAUCACACAGUAGGGAGAAGCCUUACCACUGCUCUCUUUGUGGGAAGAGUUUCAAUCAACCCGGAAACCUAAAGAGUCAUCAGCGAAUACACAUAGAAGAGAAGCCUACCAGUACUGUCAAUGUGAUUGUCAAAGAGGAGGAGGGUGAGAGGAAAAUCAAUGAUAAGGUAAAGAGAGAAGUUGAGGAAAGUAAUGGUGUAGUUGACUCAGGUACAUCAAGACUACCUGGUCGUGGGAGUUACCCCUGUCCUCAGUGUGGGAAGAAUUUUAGUUCCUCAAGUAAUCUAAAGAAUCAUCAAAGAGUACACACUGGAGAGAAACCUUUCCACUGCUCAGUAUGUGGGAAGCGUUUCCGUGAGAAAGCACACCUUAAGAGACAUGAGAGGGUACAUAAUGGAGAGAAGCCUUACAACUGCUUCGAAUGUGGGAAGAAUUUCCGUGUGGAAGAGACCCUACAGAAACACCAGAGAAUCCACACAGGAGAGAAGCCUCACCACUGCUCUCUUUGUGAGAAGAGUUUUAAUCAUUCAGGAAGCCUUAAAGAACAUCAAAGAAUACAUAGUGGAGAAAAGCCUUACCACUGCUCUCUUUGUGGGAAGAGCUUCCAUCAUUCAGGAACCUUUAAGAAACAUCAGCAAAGACACAUUGGAGUGAAACCUACCUGUAAUCUCAAUGUGAUUGUCAAAGAGGAGGAUGAUGACUGUACUCUCAAUGUGAUUGUCAAAGAGGAGGAUGAUGACUGUACUCUCAAUGUGAUUGUCAAAGAGGAGGAUGGUGACUGUACUCCCAAUGUUAUUGUCAAAGAGAAGGAUGAUGACUGUACUCCCAAUGUGAUUGUCAAAGAGGAGGAUGAUGACUGUACUCUCAAUGUGAUUGUUAAAGAGGAGGAUGACCCAGAUACAUCAAGACUACCUGAUUGUGGUCGUUACCCCUGUCCUCAAUGUGGAAAGAAUUUUAGUUCCUCGAGUAAUCUAAAGAAUCAUCAAAGAGUACACACUGGAGAGAAACCUUUCCACUGCUCUGCAUGUGGGAAGAGUUUCAGUGAGAAAGCAAACCUUAAGAGACAUGAGAGAGUACAUGAGAAGGAAAAGAGAGGAGUUGAGGAAGAGGAGAAAACUGGUAGUGUAGUUGACCCAGGGACAUCAAGACUACCUGGCCGUGGGAGUUACCCCUGUCCUCAAUGUGGGAAGAGUUUCAGUUCCUUAGGUAAUCUAAAUAAUCAUCAAAAAGUACACACGGGAGAGAAGCCUUACCACUGCAGCCAAUGUGGGAAGAGCUUCAGUGAGAAAGCAAACCUAAAGAGACAUGAGAUAGUGCAUAGUGGAGAGAAGCCUUACCACUGCACCCAAUGUGGGAAGAAUUUCCGUGCGGCAGAUACCCUACAGAAACACCAGAGAAUCCACACAGGAGAGAAGCCUAACCACUGCUAUUUUUGUGGGAAGAGCUUUGAUAAUUUAGGCAGCCUUAAGGAACAUAAAAAAAUACACAAUGGAGAGAAGCCUUACCACUGCACUCAAUGUGGGAAGAGCUUCAAUUACUCAGGAAAUUUUAAGAAACAUCAAAGAAUACAUAUUGGAGAGAAUCCUACCUUUAUUCUCAAUGUGAUUGUCAAAGAGGAGGAGGAAGAUGGAAAAGAGAGAGAAGUUGAGGUCGAGGAGAGAGAAGUGAAGGAAGAGGCUACAUAAGCUAACUAGGAAGGGAGAGUUAUACCUCAUAUCUUUGCAAUGCUGUCUUCUGUGUCAGUAUGGGAUUGGGCAGCACCAUUGAGAGCAAUCUCCUUUUUAAAAUAGUCCAUAUCUUCUACUUCCAUGAGUGUAUUGGAAGGUAGCAAAUCAACUGAAAAAGUACACACCACCUCCUAAUGUACUGCAGUGUGUACAGUCUGAACAGGAUACCACCUCCUAAUGUACUGCAGUGUGUACAGUCUGAACAGGAUACCACCUCCUAAUGUGCUGCAGUGUGUACAGUCUGAACAGGAUACCACCUCCUAAUGUGCUGCAGUGUGUAUCAUCUGAACAGGUACAAAACCAAGGUUGGUGAUUUACUGCUACCUGCAGUUAUGGAAUGUUAUCUCAGGACUAUAAUUCAUUGGUUAACUCCUUCUGCUGACCUGGAUGGAAUUAUAGCAUCCUUCCUUAACCCACAGGAAGUCCCACCAUUUUGACUACUUCAAAAUGGUGAAAGUCCUCAAUGGUGCUGCUCGUUAGACAAUACAGUGGAAAAGCCUCACCAUUGCUCUCCAUUAUAUAAAAUCUCUUAUUCACUAAAGCAUGUGAUAAAUAUAUCUGUAUAGAAUCUGCGUUCUAGGUUCAUUUGACCGUGGGUUGUCGACAAUGCAGCUUUUAAAAAGGCAAUUUCCGACUGUGUGAACAUAUGCAGCAUUUACCAGGAAUAAGAAACACGCGAUAGUGGGAACAUUGUCUUUAAAAGUCGGAUUGAAUCCCAGCUUCUGUUUAGUCAUGGUAAAAACAUGACAUCUUUCUUCCAUUUAUUUUCUUCCAUUUAGCAGAAGUCUUUAUCCAAAGUGAUUUGUUCAGGAUGUAAAGCACAGACAACACAAAACAACAAUAUCUAAACGCAUUAAAGGACCAAUCCAAAGUUGAACCAAUAACAAAGCGAGGCACCCUUGUUUUGGUAUAAAGCUUAGGGAUGGACCUGGAGAAGUGUAACCACUUUCACAUUCAUAGACAGAGCAAUGGACUGACCAUUCAUGAUCUCAAAAUAAUCUGCUAUGGACUGACCAUUCAUGAUUUCAAAAUGAUCUGCUAUGGAUUGACCAUUCAUGAUCUCAAAAUGAUCUGCUAUGGACUGCCCAUUCAUGAUCUCAAAAUGAUCUGCUAUGGAUUGACCAUUCAUGAUUUCAAAAUGAUCUGCUAUGGAUUGACCAUUCAUGAUCUCAAAAUGAUCUGCUAUGGAUUGACCAUUCAUGAUCUCAAAAUAAUCUGCUAUGGAUUGACCAUUCAUGAUCUCAAAAUGAUAAUUUUAGCUAUGGAUUGACCAUUCAUGAUCUCAAAAUUAUAAUUUUAACCAUGUUUUUAGGCUAUACGGGGUUUGUUUACAUUUACAAUGUUUCCAAACAUUGGAGGAAAACAAAUUUAUAUUUUGUGGUUCUGAUGGAGUGUGACAGUUGAAAUAAUCUUAUGAGGGAUUAUAAAUUAAUAGUUUUCAAGAAUCAAUAGGGAUAUACAGUAUCAUUCAUUUAUAUAAGUCUAAAAAUGUAUGUUACAACUGCAGAGCCCCACUUUAAACACUACAGUAUCAUAACAUAUUUACAUAUUCCAUUACAACAGUAGAUCACCCCUUUAAUCACUAUAGUAUCAUAACAUAUUUACAUAUACCAUUACAACAGUAGAUCACCCCUUUAAACACUACAGUAUCAUAACAACAGUAGAUCACCCCUUUAAUCACUACAGUAUCAUAACAACAGUAGAUCACCCCUUUAAUCACUACAGUAUCAUAACAUAUUUACAUAUACCAUUACAACAGUAGAUCACCCCUUUAAUCACUACAGUAUCAUAACAUAUUUACAUAUACCAUUACAACAGUAGAUCACCCCUUUAAUCACUACAGUAUCAUAACAACAGUAGAUCACCCCUUUAAUCACUACAGUAUCAUAACAUAUUUACAUAUACCAUUACAACAGUUCACAGUAACAGAGGUCAGAUAGGCCUACAGUUUACGUUGUUGAACAGUGUCUCUGCCCUACUUUUUAAACUGAUGAGUGAGAUGUGUAAAGAAGGUACAUUUGGAUCACCUAUUACACGUUGUACAAGGUACAUUGAUAAGUUGAUCUGAAAUACAACCUGCCCCGCCUCCUUCCUGUUUAUGAGUAGUACAGCAUCAAGAGAAUAAUGCCCUGUGGGCUAUCCUAUUGAAUACAACAUAUGUCCAUAGAAUCAUCCCACUGGGCACAGACGUCAGUUCAACGUCUACUUUUAAUUCAUAUUUGGUUGUGAAUUCAACAAAACAUUUCACCAUGUCAUUGGAUUUAGGUCAAAAUAUAUUUUUAAAUUAAAUUCCCAAAACAUUUAAAUACUUUUUUCAAAUCCAAUCAGUUUUCCACGUCGAUUCAACUUCAUCGCAUUUGACGUUUUUGGGGUUGAAAUGACGUGGGAAACAACGUUGAUUCAACCAGUUUUUUUUUUUUUGUUGCCCAGUAGGAUUAUGACAGAAUUCAGCCAUUCUUUUUUAAACUCAGGAGAAGGGCUGGUCUGGAUUGACAUCAGAAGUAAACAAUGAGUGUAUUGUUGUGUCAUCAUCUGGAUGUAACCGGUGUGUAAAAAUAUAUUGCCAAGUAUCCUGGAAGUGAAUUAUAAAUACAAACAGAACAAA